AUGUUCGAAAGAAGACGACCCAUAUUUCAGAGAGUCUCAAAAAUACUAAAAGUCUCGAUCUUGAGAAAACCAAUCAUCCCAAGACUCAAUCUUCCUAUAAAACAAAGAAGAUCAGCCAAGCGGGUCAAGCUCCUUCAGCAAUACAACUACAAGUUUCUUCAAGAGUAUCAACUUUCACCUUCACCCACAUCCCUUAACCGAUUCCGUAGGAAGCGAAUUCGCAUAUCUAAGUUGGGUCUUAAACACAUUUACAGUUUAUUGUUUCUUUCACGGUGCAUCGACCGGUCCAAUAAUGAGCAUGUUGUUGAUACAAUACCACACAAUUGGAUGGAGAUAGAACCUCUGCAUUGUGUCCAUGGAGUUGCUUCUCCGUCAAGGGAGACUUCACAGCCCUUCGAUUACUUCAGUGGAGAUGAUUCGAUUGACCUGAAGGCGGAUAGAUUCAUCGAAAAGUUUUACAAUGAGAUGAGGUUGCAAGAGCGGGAUUUUGCUUGA